UUUCCUCUUUCUUCCAGAAGCUGGUCUUCUCUCACACUCUUUAUACAAAAUCCUCGUCAUUCAUUUACGUCCAGAAAGAUGCGUCGCUUUAUCGCUACCGUAGGCGCUCUCUUGCCUGUCGCUCUCGCAUGUAACAAUGCAGAUACACACCCUUGUCCUGGUUACUACCACGACAAUUUAGCCGAAGUCUCGGACUUCUGUGCCACCUUCACGCAAAGCACCGUCGCUGCUUCUACCGGCCUUCCGUCAUGGGCGACUGUCUGUGACAACAGUCCUAAGAAGCUGUCUAGUGCAUGCAGCUGUCAGGUCCCCGCUACUGCUGUUGCUGCUUCUGCACCGUCCUCGGGUGUCGUCGCAUCCACCACACCUUCAUCCUCAGGCUUUGUCACCUCUGUCAAGAAUGUCGAGAGCUCCCCUGUUUUCGCUAUCACCCGGACCCACUCCUCCAGUGUCACCAGUGCUGCCGCAAAGGUCGCCGUGAGCUCUGAAGUCGUGGUCAGCUCUUCGGUUGCUGCCACUCCUGCUGUUACUAGCUCUGCGGCUGCUGUCCCUACUAUUUCUGGAGGUGCAUCUGUCUCGCUCGCUUCGGGCGGUGUCACUUGCACUGUGACCGAGUACGCUGGCAUCUCGUCAGCUGUGGCCUCGUGCACCAAUAUCGUCCUCUCCAACAUCAAAGCCCCUGCCUCGAGCACUAUCGAUCUCACCUCUCUGCAGACUGGAACCCAUGUCAUUUUUGCUGGCAAGACCACUUUUGAGGAUACAAACGACAAGAAAUUCGACCCGAUCGUGAUCACGGGAACUGAUAUCAUUGUGGAAGGCGCUGACGGUCACGUCAUAGACGGAAAUGGACAGUCUUACUGGGACGGAAAGGGUAGCAAUGGAGGUGACGCUAAGCCCAACCACUUCAUCGUCGCAAAGCAUGUCAACAAUGGACGCUUCGAGAACUUGAACAUACAGAACUGGCCCGUCCACUGUUUCUAUGUCUCUUACUGCAACGCCGUCACCUUCUCGAAUAUCCUUCUGAACAACACUAUUGGAAAUGAGCCCAACUCUAAAAGUGGCAGUAAGGCAGCCGCCCACAACUCUGACGGAUUCGACAUCUCUUCCAGCGACAACAUCGUCCUGACUGACUCCCAUGUCUACAACCAAGAUGACUGUGUUGCCGUUACCUCUGGUUCGAAAAUAUUGGUAGACAGUAUGUACUGCUCUGGUGGUCAUGGCCUCUCGAUCGGAUCCAUUGGCGGCAAGUCAAACAACACCGUCAGCGAUGUCACUUUCCAGAACUCUAUCAUCGUCGACAGCCAAAACGGUUGCCGCAUCAAGUCCAACGAGGGCGAGACUGGCGAGGUUUCCAACAUCCACUACAAGAAUAUCACCAUGGAGAACAUUGAAAAGUACGGCUUGGUAAUCCAGCAGGACUACCUCAAUGGUGGUCCGACCGGCGAACCCAGCAACGGUGUUACUAUUUCUGGAGUCACUGUUACAGAUGUCAAAGGAACUAUGUCUAGCAGCAAGGGCAUUGACUAUUACGUCCUUUGUGGUGACGGCUCUUGCAGCGACUUCUCGUACUCUGGCGUUGAAAUCACUGGUGGCAGUGGUGACAAGUGCAACUACCCUUCUUCUGGUUGCCCUGCAAUUUAGAUUCUAUGUGCGAUACCUGACUGAGCACGUCUGCUUCUUGCAUGCAUAUCGUCUUCGUAUCUUGCGAAAGCAAACUUCUACCUUCUAUGUAAUUCAUACUCAAUCUAACUGAAUAACAUGUAAUCUACAGAGACGGAUUCUUUUGCUAAAUUGCUAGUAGCUACUAAUUUCCAAAC